AGUAGAAGGCAGACGGGCGUUAACAGCGCAGCGACUCAGACAGAUGUGGGACCUGAAACUGAUUUAAAAGCAGAAAAGUGAGAAACUUCCCCAAAAUCAGAAGAAUGAACCGUGUGGAGGGUCUGAGGGCCCUGUCGCCUCAGUUCACUCUGGAGAAAAAGCCCCUUCGGAUUCUUGGCGGCUCCAUCCAUUAUUUUCGUGUUCCCAGAGCCUACUGGAAGGAUCGGCUGCUGAAGAUGAAGGCCUGUGGCAUCAAUACACUUACAACAUAUGUGCCGUGGAAUCUGCAUGAGCCUGAGCGAGGGGUGUUCAACUUUGAGGAUGACCUGGAUUUAGAAUCAUACCUCCAUCUUGCAGCCAGCUUGGACCUCUGGGUGAUUCUGCGUCCAGGGCCGUACAUCUGCUCUGAAUGGGACAUGGGAGGACUACCCAGUUGGCUACUACGAGAUGAGAAAAUGAAACUGAGAACAACCUACUUUGGAUUCACUGAUGCAGUUAACUCCUUCUUUGAUCACCUCAUGAAGAAAGUCGUUCCACUUCAGUACACCAUGGGUGGCCCAAUUAUAGCAGUUCAAGUGGAGAAUGAAUAUGGUGCCUAUGCUACAGAUGAACAGUACAUGCUUUUCACCAAGGAGGCGUUAUUAUCAAGGGGCAUCACCGAGCUGCUGGUGACCUCAGACGGCAGGGAUGGGCAAGGCCGUGGAGGAGUGAAAGGAGCACUGGAAACCAUCAAUUUUCAGAAGCUGCACCCAGAGCAUGUGAAGUAUCUGGAUGAAAUACAACCUGAAAGGCCCAAGAUGGUGAUGGAGUAUUGGUCUGGCUGGUUUGAUACCUGGGAUGGCCUUCACCAUGUAUACGCUGCCGAGAAGAUGAAAGGUGUGGUCGAAGAGAUUCUCAAGAUGGACAUGUCUAUCAACAUUUACAUGUUCCAUGGAGGGACAAAUUUUGGCUUCUUGAAUGGGGCAGUUGAUGUUGGGAGACCUAUAGCUAAACCCAUCAUAACAAGCUACGAUUACGAUGCUCCAUUAUCCGAGGCUGGGGAUUACACCACCAAGUACCAUCUUCUGAGGAAUUUAUUCAGCCAGUACCACACCGAGCCUCUGCCUGAACUGCCCUCUCUUCAGGAUAGGAAAGCGUACCAGCCUGCUGUUAUCCAGAAGCACCUGUCUCUGUGGGACAGUCUGCAAUUCACUGACAAGCCUUUUAAGUCAGAGACGCCAGUGAACAUGGAGAAUCUCCCUGUCAACAACAACAAUGGUCAGUCAUACGGCUACACACUGUACGAGACCACCAUCACCAGUGGAGGAGUCCUCAACUCGCAGAACAAUGUCAGAGACAGAGCACUGGUGUUUGUGGAAAAACAGUUUGUUGGUGUUUUGGACUACCAGACAAGCAAAUUUGCACUACCUGAUGGCGAGGGAAAAAGAACUCUAAGUUUGCUGGUGGAGAACAGUGGAAGAGUGAAUUAUGGGAAAGUCCUGGAUGAGCAGCGCAAAGGUCUUGUUGGAGAUAUUCUGUUAAACAAGGACAUCCUCCGAGACUUCAUUAUUCAUAGCCUGGAACUGAAGCCUGACUUUGUAAACAGACUUGAGAGUUCAGGCCACUGGGUGUCUAUGCGCCAGCAGCCCUCCUUCCCAGGGUUUUUCCAGGCGAGACUCUACGUGAAUGGCUCUCCUCAAGACACCUUCAUGAAACUUGAUGGCUGGACCAAAGGUGUUGUGUUUAUCAAUGGCAAGAAUUUGGGACGCUAUUGGACCAUUGGUCCUCAGCAAACUCUCUAUGUCCCAGCUCCCUGGCUUCACAAGGGGGAUAAUCAGGUCAUAGUGUUUGAAGAGCAGAAAACAGAUGGUAAAAUACAGUUUACCAUCAACCCAGACUACGGCAUGACUGUUGAUGCCCAAUGAGGACAAGAAGUGAAAAGGGAGCAUUGAUAAGGGAAGGAGGAAGAUGAGAACUGCAUCAUCUGGCACCUUGCUACAACCUGCAGCUCUAAAAAGUGACAACGAUUCAAUGUUUCUAGAAUGACAAUGCCUAUAUUGGUGUUAUCUUUGGCUUUUGUUUGGUAGAAUAUUUCUAAGUGAGUUCAUAUAAUGAUUUUAGUAAUGCAUUUACAGAUUGUUGGUCCCAGGAUGAUUAACAACACUGUGGCAGAAGCUUAUGGCGAUCCAAAUAAAUAAGCCAAAAACCAUGACACCAAUGCAGAAGUGUAAUCAGCUUCCCCACUGCAGUUUUUUAUUACUGACAUUGUGUUAAAUCCUUUUUAUUCAUUUCUGUAACUGUAUCUUUAACAUGUGCUCAAAUACUACAUAACUGGAGACCAAGAGACUGUGAACAAGGAUUAUCUUGAUAAUAAUGAAAUCUCUUCCAUCAAAAGACUUAAUUUGUAGGUUACAUCCUGACUGUGUAAAAAGCCAUGUAUACAAAGACUGAUUUGACCUUUGUGUCAGUAACCAAGGCCAAGGAAGCUUGUGAACUGCUUCAUUUAUCUUGGAACACUUUUUUUUUUUCAUGUUUACUUUCAGAUGAAACGCUGUGAAUCUCUGCAGAGAAAUCUAGAUGACAGACUGGGUUUCAGGGUCUCUGUAUCUAGAUACAGUCCUAAUUAUUUUCUGCCGUGUCACAUUGGAAGCUGCAAAUGGGAUUGCAUAGGCUAAUAUAUUGUAGUAGGAUAUCUAAAAAAUGAUCAGCAGCUGGUCAGUUUUUUGUGGUGUGUAAAUCCUGGAGGUGGUUUCACAAGCUGUUUUUCUAAAAGUCAGGUUGCACAUUAUUAAAGUCUUUUAGCUAAGAUAUCCCAUUUAUGUUUACUGUACAAACUGUUGCAAUAAAUCUGAAACUAGAAAAUUAUAA